UCAAGCUGUUCUGCUAAAUUGCCCCUGAUAAAUGGAAACAUUGGCAUUGGGAGAUUUGUGAGUGGAUGACGAGAGAGCAAGAAAAAAAUGUGGAAAGAGAAAAUUUCUUCUGAAAAAGCUACUCUUUGUUUUUCAGACCAUUUAAAGUGAACAAAACAAUCAACGAAGAAAGAAAAACAAACAGAAUACUACCAAAGUUCGUUAUCAUCGAUGAUCCACAUUAUCAGCUGUAUAUUGCAAUAAUUUGCGUCGUUUUUGCUUAUCUAGGAGGAUUGUCAUGGGCUGCGAACCGAUGAACUUUGUGACGCAGAAAAUUCAAAAGAUAUGCUAAUGAUGCUUUGUUGGGAAAGCUCAAGAUAAUUGAGGGGGAAAGUUUACUACAAAAAGAAAACUUUCACACAUAAUAAUUUCUAUUCCUGCUAUGAAAAUAAAUAAGGAACUUUAUCAAAUAUUGAAAUCAAUAUUUUCUCACACGUUAGGAAAGCUCUCUCUCUCUCCAAUCCACCCCCACAUUAAAAGCUCUACUAUGUUGGCGCUUGCGUUCAUCAAUUUUAAUGUGAGCAUCCAACUACCUUUUCUCCAGAAACCCUCUUGGAGCGACAGUUCGUGUCUGGAAAAUCACACGAAAGGGUGUUUAUCUGUGGAAAAUUGUCACUGUAAAGUGCAGAAGAAUGGCUUGUCCUUUUGUUCAUACUAUCGGAAAGCAACAUUCUGUGGCAGAUUCAACGACGUGGAAUUUAGAGGAUGACCUUACGGACCUUCCGGACGAUGCUUUAACUCUCACUCACUUGAAUGCUGCUAUCCAACUUCUCACAGCACCAUCCAAUGAGAAUAUCAACCAGGCCGUUAAGUCCGUCAUCAAGAAGUACAGCGAUCGAUGGCCAGGCAUAAUCAAUUUGAAAAUCGAUAGUGACUCCUUUUCUAUGUAUCCCAACUAUGACUACUUGGCAGACAUUCAGGAUUCCAUUGUUGGAAUGGAUGAAGCUGCUGCCAGUGAGAUUCUAAUUCUCAUUGGGGAAGAAUUGAUAGACACAUGUUGUGUGGGAAUCAUUGAGAGGGCUUUUAGGUGUCUAGGAGGGGAUUUGCAGGAGUUUCUAGGAUCUCUGGAUGGAGUCCACGAUGUGUUGAAGCUUCAGGAGGCAAAUAUUUCAGAUACGGGAUUUGUAUGUGCUGGCGAAGGGGAAUUGAUUUUCACUUCAGAGCGUCCCGUGAUAUCCUGGCUUCUUUUGGGUUCUCUGAGGCAACUGGCCAAGAUUUUGUAUGGAAUUGAGGAUGCUCAAAUUACCAUGGAACCCAUUGAUGGUGAUGUCAAGCGCUACCGAUAUUUAUUCGAUGUUGGACCUUCCCUCGGGAAGCGUCAGUUGGAGGAACCAAUUCAGCUUAAAGCGCGCAAGAGAGCAUCUGUUUCGACAGCAGCGGAGGACCUUAAGAUGAAUGCCACGACUUUUUGCAAAGCAUUUCCCUGGCAUUUUGUCAUGAAUGAGAAUCUCGAACUACUCCAACUUGGUCAUGGUUUCAAUAGGCUCUUCAGGCAAUCGCUCAGCCUCUAUGGACGCCAUGCAACAACUUAUUUCCGUUUCAAGCGUCCCCGUGGGCUAUCUCUGAAUUUUCAGGAGAUCCGGAAACACACUCACACUCCUUUCCUCCUGGCCAUUCGUUCUCAAGUCUGUCGUAGGGAUUCUACAAUGACGGGCCUAGAGAUAAAGGGUCAGAUGGUUUACUGUGCUGAGACAAAUACUCUCCUGUUCAUCGGUUCUCCUUUCUUGGAUGGUCUUGAGGGAUUAACUUGCAAUGGGCUUUUCAUUUCUGACAUUCCUCUGCACGAUGCCACACGCGAAGUUAUUCUUGUGGGCGAACAAGCACGUGCCCAGGAUGGAUUGAGACGUCGCAUGGAUAAACUUAAGUCUUCAAUCGAAGAGGGUAAUGCUGCCGUCACCAAGGAGCGUAAGAAGAACGUGAGUCUCCUGCAGUUGAUUUUCCCAGCAGAGAUUGCAGAGUCUCUCUGGGGAGGUGAUACCAUUGAAGCCAAGACGCAUCCAGACGUCACAAUGCUCUUCAGCGAUAUUGUAGGAUUCACGAGUAUUUGCUCCAGAGCAACACCCAUCAUGGUCAUCAAUAUGCUGGAGAGUCUCUACAGGGACUUUGAUGAGUUCUGUGGUUUUUUCGAUGUGUACAAAGUGGAGACCAUUGGAGAUGCAUACUGUGUGGCCAGUGGACUCCAUAGGGCCAGUCAUUACGAUGCACAUAAGGUCGCGUGGAUGGCACUCAGGAUGUUGGAGGCUUGUUCCAAUCACAACACUCACGAUGGGGAGCAUAUUCAGAUGAGGAUUGGCCUUCACACGGGAACAGUAUUGGCAGGAGUUGUGGGUAGAAAAAUGCCUCGAUACUGCCUGUUUGGCCAUCAUGUGACCAUUGCCAAUAAAUUUGAGUCUGGCAGUGUUGCUCGCAAGACCAAUGUCAGUCCCACGACCAAGGAUUGGUUGGUGAAAUAUCCAGGCUUUAAAUUUGAAUUAUUGGAGAGGGAUCCUUCUUGCUUGCCCAAGGAGUUUCCAAAUGCUGGCAAUUCAACAUGCUACUUCCUCAAUGGAUAUAAACAUCCAGGAGUGGAUGAUGCUGAACCUCUCGAGACUCACAUUAAAGCAGCUAUGAAGCAAAUCAAUAUUGAGUGUGGAAGAUCAAUGGCAGAAGUGGAAUCAUCUUAAUCCCUUUUCAUUCUUUUCUGAACUCAGCACUGUCAUCAUUGUAACCAGUAUUCAGUCUAUGGUAUUAAUGUUUAUUCAAUGUUAACGAUAUGUGCAGAAAACAAUUAGUUGUACAAUAAAUCGUCGGUUGUCUCAGCAACUGUGCUAACUGCA